GUGACGGUGGCGUUAAGUCGGCUGCUUUGUGAAGGAAAACUCGAAGGAGUCUUAACGGCGUCUGAUCUACUCGUAAGCUUCUUCGUUCGUUCAGGAAUUAUGGAAACUCUCACGUUCAAGGGUUCAGUUCCAGAAGCUAUAUUUGAAGCCAAAGGGCAGAAGAAGCUUUUUGUUGUUUACAUCUCUGGAGGGGAUGAAGAGUCGGAUAAGUUGAACAGAUUGACUUGGACUGAUGCAUCGGUGGCAGAGUCGCUGUCCAAGUAUUGUAUUUUAUUGCAUAUCCAAGCUGGAAGUGUUGACGCCACAAACUUCUCUGCAAUAUACCCAUAUUCUUCUGUUCCUUGUAUAGCGGCUAUUGGAUUCAGUGGUACACAAGUUUGGAAAAAUGAAGGAUUUAUCGCUGCUGAAGCCCUUGCAUCCAGUUUAGAGAAGGCAUGGUUAGGACUUCAUAUCCAGGAAACAACUGCAAGUAUCCUUUCAGCAGCAAUUGCCUCACAGAACUCAGAGCAACCUGCCUCCAGUACUUCUAAUGCUGUCUUGCCUUCUGAAGGUGGUCCUUUAGAUGCAGCAGUUGCAUGUCCAUCAACGGCCUCUACUGUUCAACCCUCAGAGACAAAGUCAACGGUGACAUCUGCGUCAACAAAAGAAAACAAAGAUAGCACAGCUGCAGUUAAGGGGAAAGAAUCUGCAGAACCCAGUAAUUUGUGUGAUACUACCAAUAAUCAGCCAGCAUCUUCUCUUGAUGGAACUAAGACUAAUGACGAACAUGGAGCGACAGAGGCCCCUGUGCAUGUUCAGGAAGAAAAGGAGCCAAUUCGUUCUGCAUCCCCAAGAUCAAAUGAUAGNUGGGAGUAUGGACCAAAUACGGAGCUGAGAAACAAUAUCGGGCAAGUGGGAUCCUCUUUUCAAGAUCCAUCAGAAGGUAGGAGCAACGUUAGGAACAGGAGACCAACCACCACUUCGAGGAUUGGAAGUAACAUCCAUACGCUGAAUCACAAUGAAGAUGACGCUUCGUUUGGUGAUGGAAAUGCCUUCUGGAACGGAAACUCCACACAGUACGGUGGUGGAAGCGGCGGAGACAAUAAUGAUAGGCGAUGAAAUGAGAGAACUUGAAAUCUGUCUCGAUCUAUAUAGAUACAGAAACAGCUCUGACUUUACUUUUCCGGUUUACUUUUUACACUACAUGAAACAUUUUAUAUAUUCCGAUAAGAGACCAAGCUACAAAUUGUUUCCUGAUGUUUCGGUUUUAUCAGUAAAUCCUACACAAAAGGAAGAAGCAAUUUCUCUA